AUGCGAACCUCUUUUGGUAACCGAGCUUGGCGUAAGAAGAGCGCUUCAAGUGCCUUCGAUCUUCCUUCCAUGAUCCAGUCUUCGCAAAAUCAGGACAUCUUGUCUCGUGGGGGUGAGACGGCUUCUACCAUUGACUGGGCAAUGGCAGAAAUUGUAAAGACUCCAAGAGUGAUGAGAAAAGUACAGGAUGAGGUGAGGGAAGUAUUUGGAAGAAAAGGGUCCAUUGAAGAGACGUGUAUUAAGGAAAUGAACUACUUAAGAUCAGUUGUUAAGGAGACAAUGAGAUUGCAUCCAGUUCUUCCCCUAAUACUUCCGAGAGAAAGUAGCGAGAAGUGUGAGAUUAAUGGCUAUGAGAUACCUGCAAAAACUAGGACAAUAGUUAAUGCAUGGGCAAUUGGAAGAGAUCCUAGAUAUUGGACUGAACCUGACUCCUUUAUACCAGAAAGGUUCCUAGAUAGCCAAAACUUUGAGUAUAUCCCAUUUGGUGCUGGAAGGAGAAUAUGUCCAGGCAUCUCAUUUGCCGUGAGCAAUGUUGAGCUUCAGCUUGCUUCGUUGUUAUAA